CUUUAGCAUUUUUGUCGUAAAAAUCGAGGAAAUUAACGAUGCCACCUGUGAAAUAUGAAAUUAAAAUUGUGAAACAUGUGCCAAGUGAUGUGCCGGGAUCGUCGAAAGAGUAUCGGAGGAUAAAGGCGCAUGCCAAGCGGCCGAAUCCAUUGUUCGAAGCGUGGCUGGAGGAGAUGAUCGCGCGUGCAGAGAAAAAAAACACGCUCGGGAAAAUCGCGCUCCAGAAAGCACUUACCUCGCUCCGCCGAUAUCCGUUACCGCUGGCAUCCGGCAGGGACUGUAUAGUGUUGGCCGAUUUCGGGAAAACCAUCUGUGAGAACCUCGAACGACGAUUGAAAAGCUAUCUAGCAGCCGGUGGUCGCGUGGAAACCGAUCAUCAGGCGUCCAUCGAGGCGAUACUCAACGAUGAAACGGGAGAACACUACAAAGAGCUCACGAAACCGUUCUGCACUGAGCCAGAGGAUAAUGCAGCAUGUGCCGAGGAUACUGGCGUGAUCGAUGAAGCUAUGAUGCCCAACGAUUCCAUCUUUGAUCAUAUUCCUAUCACACUAGAGGAUGACUUCGUUCGAGUGUCGAAUCCUCGGCCUAUCCUGCUGGUUGAUACGUGUGAAACGAUCGGUAAAUCGAAAAGCAGUCUCGACAAAACUCUGCAAGAGCUAGCCCAGUACUCGGUUGAGCACGAUGUGCGCAAGCUAAGCGUUGGAGAUUUUGCCUGGAUUGUUAAAGAUGACGCGGGUCGAGAGUUUCUGCUGCCGUACAUAAUCGAACGGAAGCGACUGGAUGAUUUGGCCAGCAGUAUUAAGGAUGGUCGAUUUCACGAACAAAAGUUUCGCCUCAAACAGUGCGGUCUACCGAAUGUGAUCUAUUUGAUCGAGCACUUGGGUAACAACCGGCAGGUCGGUGUACCCGAGGGUUCGCUUACGCAGGCUGCCCUCAAUACCUAUGUUCAGGAUUUUACCGUAAAGUACACGGAAAAUCACCACCAUACCGUGAUGUACCUCUCCGUUAUGACCAACUUGUUAAGCAACAAGCUAAAGAAUAAAGUGUUUCUCGACGUCACAAACCGAUCAGUAGAUGGUGAACCGAAUAACAGGACCACUCCCUUUAACAUCUCGGAUCAAACCGUGCCCCUGCUGUCGUUCGAGUAUUUCUACAAACAAUCUUCGAAGACACGCGACUGUUCGGUGCGAGAUGUCUUCAUAAAACAGCUACUGCAGAUUAAACUACUUACGAUCGAGAAAGUAAAUGCGAUCGUGGAACGUUACCCGACACCGCAAAGUUUACGCCGAGCGUACGAUCGGUGCCCUAGCGAAACGGAACGAAAGCGUAUGCUGAACUUAACGUACGGUCCGACCAAGCGUACCAUUGGCGAUAAGCUAAGCACCAUCAUCUAUCAGCUGUUUGCAAGUGAUCGUUAUGCACCUUAAAGCAUCAUCCCGCGUUGUGCUCACACAUCAUCGCCUUCUAGCCAGUUCCAAAAUGAUAAGGAGCCCCGGUGGUAGGUCGAUCGGAUAGCAGCACGAGCUUUAUUUACAUUUUGCAACCUCCUUGUAACCACUGCCGCCGGUCGCUACGGCGAUGGCAGGAAGUUAGGGAAGGAGCGAACCAU